GGGGCACUGCGAGUCAGAGAAAUGACAUGCUGUUAAAGGUGGAACUGAAAUAGAGUCCACAACAGGUGAACCUGGAAGCUUCUCCUGUGAACGCCUUUUGCUCACCUAUUUCACCACCUACUAAGAAUUAAAGUCAUGCACCCAGUAGAUCUUCCAGCUGUGGAAGACACUGACCUGACAUCAGCAUCAGAACAGUACCUCUCACCACUGGAGUCAGGACUGUGUAAUAAUGAAUGGUUCCAGUUAUCAGAGAACACAGAGGUAGAAAUUACCUCAAAAAAUGUGAGGCGCUUACAUCUGUUUGAAGAUGACCAACCUGACUGUACACUGUUGGCUCUCCAACCUCCUGAUGAUCCAGCACAAGUGGUGGCUUUAUACCUACACAAGAAGUGGUGGUGUGUUGAAGAUGUGUUACGUACAUCCAGUACUUCAAGAAGAGGCCUAAUGUUGGUGGAGUCAAUUAUAGAGAGAGUGAUUGUGUUCCUGCUUAGUCAGGUGGUGGAGAGGUCUUCACAGGAGGAGGUGCUGUUCUCCCUGCACCCUCGCACAGAGAGCUGCAAACUGCUGUGGAGAGAUGGCCAGGCAGUUGGCUUCUACACUGUCAAACACAAAGGUAGUCUGUGUGACAGCUGGAGUGGUUGUUGCUACCUGCUGCCUGUACUGGACACUAUUCUGGUGAGGAGGAGCUGCAGGAGGAGAGGCUUUGGUCUUCAGAUGCUGGAGGAUUUCUGCUUGACAUUCUCCACAGAGAAGUUUCUCGGAGUCAGCUCUCCAUUAUCACCCAGUAUGGUAGCAGUUUGCAGGAGGUUCCUGCAGCAACACAAAGAAUUUCAGGAGCACCUGUAUGAAGUGGAGGCUCCAGGUGGAUGGGCUCAACGAAGAAACAUUUGGCUCAACAUCCAGCUAGGCCGCUACUCCCCCAGUACAGAUGAUAAAAAUGAGAAGAGGAAUCAAACCGUAGGACCAAGCCUGAGCAAUAAGGGUGAUGACCUCUCUCAAACGACGAACACUCGUGGAACUGACCUGACGUCAGUGAGCACAUUGCUUAUGAGCAGACCACUUGUUAAGAUCUUUUCAGAACAACAAAGUGAACCUUGCAAUCACAGUCAGGGAGGAACCUCCCCAAGCAGCGAGACCAUUGGAACAGGAUGUAACCCUGCAGCCUACGCCAAUAAUCUGGACUCUGAAGCUCCCACCAGACCCCCACAGUCCCUUAACAUAAGAAGAGCCCUGAUAUCCAAGCCCUCCCUAUCCACAGAACCUCACAGAGAGGAGCCCGAGACGGAGGAGACACAAAGAGGAGCCAAACGAGUUAGAAGGAUGUGACUUGCUUCACAGAUUAGACACAUGCACAGGUCUUGUGAAGCUGGGUUGUACUAUUGUUGUGACUUUUAGACUGUUUUCAGACUGACUGGUAAAUAAAAAUGCUACUACAGACAUGCAGCACAGUAAUACUGCUCUGUACAACACAAACAACUGAGUUUGUCCUGUUCUUAUCCUUUAAAUUGAAGUCAGGCCCCAUUUGAUUUACUGACUGAACAAUCAUCCCACGCCCAAACUUGGCAGAUUUGAACCAUUCCACUGUAAUAAGCCUGACUGACAUUUUCACCACUGUGUUACCUUUCUAAGGCAUGACAUCUUAUAAAAGUCUUAUUCUUCAUAGGGCCUGGGAGACCAUGUAUUGUCCUUUCAUCCAUCUUCAACCUUAGUGAAGGUUCAAAGAACAGUGAAAGUAUAUGUGUUCUGAUGAGCCUCCUUCAGUCCGAAAACAAAGACAAAUAUUAUUUGCCUUACAAUUAAGGAACUUGCAUUUGAUUUGUUUUCUUUACACUUUAAUAUUUGUAGGGCAAAUAUGAGCCAAGAACCAGAAGUAAAAGAGUUUGUCUUGUAAGAAUGAAAUUACAGGGGUUAGAAGAUUAGGUCAGGGUUUUUUUUUUUUUUUGGUAGUAUUGAUCUACAGUGAAUGUAUGGUCUUUAGUGAAUAGAGAUGCCUUGUGCAACUGUUUCAGAGGGAUCGCUGUACCAAAGUAAUUUUUUUGUUGUUGGUGAGUUUGUGUUUUGAGUAGGGAUUGAAUGAUAUUGUUUUUUAAGGGCUGAUGCUGAUUAUUAAUAGUUCAUGAGACCGAUAACCAAUAUUGUGAGCUAAUAGGCACUUAUUAUGUCAAACAAAAUGUACUUAAUUUGUAAUAAGUAAAAUGGCAUGAUCAAAAAAUAAAGGAAAAUAAACAAUUUAGCUGCAGCUCUAUCAGCAUGAGAAAGGCACAGAGCAGCAGAAAACAGUAAGUGAUGCCAGAAGCUGGCGGUUGUCAGGUUCACCCAGGUUUAAAUGUUGUCUGACUGGAACUCAUGUACUAUCCAGACAAUCAGAUUGUGUUGUAUACAGGAAAUUUGGUGAAACCUUGGAGAGUGAAAAUAAACUUAGAGGGGAAGAUGCA